AUGCGGCCCGCCGGCGCAAGAGCGAGCAACCCGCCGACCGUGCAGACCGGCCUCUGGGCCGACCUCGGUCCUCGCACAGCGACGCCGCCGCCGAAAACGACGCCGAGGAAGAAGCCCGAGACGCUCGCCGAGGAGAACGCUAGAUUGAGAGCGCGCGUCGCCGAGCUCGAGGCCGUCGCGGCCAUGGCCGGCCCGGCGCGGCGCUGCGAGGCGGCGCAGCUGGACCUCUCCUCGGCCGCCGAGCCCAUCAGGCAACGCCUCGAGCAGCAGCGCACGACGAUCCUGCGGCUCGAGGCGCUCGUCGAGCGCCAGGCCAGAGCGCUGGACGCGACGGACGCCGACGGCGCGGCCACGGAGGAGCUCCUGGAUCGGCUCGCGAGGGCGCUCCGCGGCGUCGCGGAGUUAGGAGACGGCGCGGCGCCGUACCACACCGAGGAGUCCAAGGCGACGCCUCCUAAAAAACUCCAGGCGUCUCUGUUGAGGACCGUCGAGGCGCUGCGCGGCCGCGCGGACGCGUCGAAGCGCGAGCGGCGCGACGCUGCGCUGGGCCUCGACUCGGACGCGGCGCGCGACCGGCGGGCCGCGCGCGCGCCGAUUCCCCCGCGGGCGCUCGCGCCGGCGCCGGCACCAUCAACGCCUGAGCCGUCUACGCCCGAGAGCGCACGGACGCCGUCGCCUCCAUCACAGCUCCCCGGCGACACGCGGCCCGCCUGGGACGAGACGUUCGCCUCGGACUUUAUUGAGGAAACGCCGCCCCCGGCGCCGGCGCCGUCAAAAAGACGAACAGUACAGCGCCCCGAGUGGAAGAGUGAUUUUUAACCAGUGUUAC